GGCUGCAAAAACCCUCACAAAUGUGCAGCCACUGCGAGAGAAAUCCUCAGCAAACUGGCACCAAAAUAUGACACAAAAACAAAACCAAAAAGAGACGAACUCUCACUGACCCACCAUAGAAAAGAAAAAAACUCACAAGCCCAUGAAAGCAGGAAUGGAGAGAUACUCUUCAACUCCACCACAAUGAUAAGAACAAGCCUGAAAGACUGCUUCAGAGUAUUCACAGAC